AGCAGGGAUCGGUCCCUGCACCGCACCCGGCGGAGCGGCGAGGGGCCCGGCGGAGCGGCCGUCCAGGGGGAGGCGGUGGGCAGAACCGGGCCAGCGCCGAGCCAGGCCGGAUGGGUGGCACGGCAGGGCCGGGGCCCGGGGACCCCCGGGGCGGCUGAGCCGGCCCAUGGCGGCGGGCGCGGGUGCCUUUGCGUGGGCCGCCUUCCCCGCCAUGCCCACGCGGCGCGUGUAUUGCAGCGCCGUGCACCGCGACGGGCAGCUCUUCGUGCUGGGGGGCUGCGGGGGCAGCGGGCGAGCCCUGGGUGCAGCUGAGGUGCUCGACCUCCCGGCCCAGCGCUGGACCGCGCUCCCGCCGCUGCCCACGCCGCGGGCCGGUGCUGCCGCCCUUGCCCUGGGCAAGCAGAUCCUGGUGGUGGGCGGAGUGGAUGCUGCACAAAGCCCCCUCGCCUCCGUCGAGGUCUACCACGUGGAUGAGGGCAAGUGGGAGAAGAAGGCAGCCCUGGCUCAGCCCUCCAUGGGCAUCUCAGCUGUGCAGAGAGAUGGGGCUGUCUAUGCACUUGGGGGAAUGGGUGCGGACACCUCUCCCCAGGCACUGGUCCGUGUCUACGAGCCAGCAAAGGACCACUGGCAGCCCCUGCCCUCCAUGCCCACUCCCUGCUAUGGGGCCUCUGCCUUCCUGCAGGGCAACAAGAUCUUCGUCCUGGGGGGCCGGCAGGGCAAGUUGCCUGUCACAGCCUUCGAGGCCUUCGACCUGGAGACAAGGAGCUGGACACGCUACCCCAGCCUGCCCAGCCGCCGCGCCUUCGCUGCCUGUGCCAUGGCUGAUGGUGUUGUCUUCAGCCUGGGGGGGCUGCAGCAGCCAGGGCCCCACAACUUCUAUUCCCGUCCCCACUUUGUCAACACCGUGGAGAUGUUUGACCCCACACAGGGUGCGUGGAGCAAGCCGAGCCGUGCCAUCCGCAUGAGGGAGAAGAGAGCUGACUUUGUGGCUGGCUGCCUGGGAGGAAGAGUGGUGGCCGUGGGUGGCCUUGGGAACCAGUCCUGCCCGCUGGACUCGGUGGAAGGCUUCAGCCUCUCGCGGAAGAAGUGGGAGCCGCUGCCCCCCAUGCCCACUGGCCGCUGCUCCUGCUCCAGCUGCCCGGCGCCCAGCCUGCUCUUCGUCAUCGGGGGGGUGGCCCAGGGCCCCAGCGGAGCCGUCGAGGCUCUGUGCCUGCGCGAGGCACCCUGAGCGGGGCCCGGGGACCAGCCCUGGCCCAGCACCAAGUGCCUGAAGAUGGGGACAGGGUGUGAACGCACCCGUGAAUGGGUGACCCGACUCCAUGGAGCUGCCGUCUUGGACGCUAGAGCAGCAGUGGUUUCUCACCAUGUUUCAGAAACACCUCCCGGCUCUUGCACCACUGCGGCAGUGGAGCCUGGGGCAAAACCCAGCCUGGUGCAGGGCUGCAGCAGGCAGUGUGAAUGGAGCAGCGGCAGCAGGACUGUCGCUGGUGGCAGCGCUGCCCCGUCCUGCCCCGUCCUGCCGUGUGUGUAGCAGUGAGUGCUGUGUCGUCGUAGACCCAGUCGAUGUCUCAUGUAGCACAGAGGUGCCCUGUAGCUCAGUGCCUAGGAGGUGACGUAGCACCUCGAAUAAAUGGAAC